GCAUUUUUAUUUUCACUAACACAGUCUCUUCUUCAGAUGGCCAAAUGAUAGUGAUGGAACGUGUUCCAGAAAAUAGGAAACAGUGGCAGCAUGAAGCGCCAGGAACUUUAAUGAGUGUUUUGGCAGCAGCACAUCUAACAAGUAGCUCAUUUUCUGCCAGCGAAGGAGAAUUUGUGGGAACAUUGAAACAAUGGCUCCCUAAAGAAGAUGAAGGGAAGGUGGAAAUGGCCUCUGGCGCUGAGGUAGAUGAGGAACAACUAGACCCAAGAUCUGAUGAUGAUGAUACAACUUUUGAAGAAUCUGAAGAUGAGUUGAGAAAUGAAGUAGUAGAAUCCCUAGAAAAACUCGCUAUUUCCAAAGAGGAAGAAAAAAGAGAAGAGGCUUCUGGUUCCUCUAAGGACUCUGAAAGUUAGGAG